AUGCAGCUCGAUGCACGCAACUGGAAGUGUCAUGUGAUCCGGAAGAGAAUCGGCGGGCGGGUGAUCUGACUUUGGCAAUCAAUUCUGCAUAUAAAAGGAAGGAUACUUCCAUUGAUAAGCAUUGCACUGAAGAAGACUUUCAAGUCGAAACGCGUUUGCUGCACUGUUAUUUUAGGAUUUUAUGACGGUAGUGUAUAUCAUUGUUUUUACACACUGCUCAUUUAUAUGUCCUGUUUUUAAAAUAUAUCUUUUCAAAUAAUUACAUUGGAAUUAUCCCUGUUUGCCUGCCAACCUGUAAACAACAAUCCAAGCCAGUACUGGCACCUUGAAGCUGACAAUAUGGAGCCUGGCACGGCUCUACACUUAUUUUACUACCUUGUACCCUUAUCUACAGUGGGACAGUUUCUGUGUUAUAUACCGUAAAGUAUAUAUAUACACUUUUAUCCUCUUGUUGACACUUGGGUGUUGUGUAUAUUUAAAUAGUGGUUUAUACUCUAUUUUCUACUUGUCUAAGCUUUAAGGUGAUAGGAAAAACACCUUUUUUACAAAUACACCGAGUACUAAAUAAUUUUGGAAGCGCCUAUACACCUACUGGUAUACAGUAUAUAUUCUUUUUAAAAUUCCACUGGUUCUAACUCUAAUUUUUCUUAACUGGGUACAUUUUGCAUUUAUUCAAUAGCUCACACUCCUACUCUAUCUCGAAUAUAAAAUUUGGAUUAAACCAUGUUUCCGAUUACCCCAGCUUCAUAACCCGCUCAUUUUACUUCCCCUUUUGUGCUCUGAGAUGUGAUAACCAGCCCCACCUUAAAGUCUCCUGGCAUAAAACCAAACUCCAACAUCAUUGCUUAGCAUUACCUGGAGAGGAGAGGAUUAGAAAGAAUUCUAGUAAGUAUUUCAGAAACUUACACCAAAACUGUGCUUUUAAAUCAAUGGGCAAAAUACUCUAACUCAGGGGUGUCAAACAUGCGGCCCCCCAGAUGUUGCUGAACUACAACUCCCAUGAUUCCCUGGCUAUCUGUUUCAUUGAAAGAAUCAUUGUAGUUCUGCAACAUCUGGGGGGCCGCAUGUUUGACACCCCUGCGACUGAUAACACGUCCUUUUAACACUGUCUUAUUUCAAAUGUCUUCACAACCAGCAUAUCUGUUUCCUUGUUUUUGUUUUUUUAAAUUGUGAUUGUUUUUUGCCAAUUGGUAUGUCACGCACUAAAUAAUUAAUUGUUACCUUUAUCUUUUCAUUUUUUGACAGUAUGAUAUAUGUAGUUUCUUAAAAUCCCUCUAGUUUGUUGUUUUUUUUUAUCUCGAGAGACCAGUUUUUUCAGUUAUAAAGCUUCUCUAUCGCUUGAUUAAGAAGUAGGGGAAAAUAUUUAUAUUUUAAGUUUUAUAAUUUUUAGAGUUUCAAUGAUCUUGUUCAUAGUAUAAAUGUGUUUUAUGUAAUUUCUUUUUCCUUGCUAAGCUCCUAUACCUUAGCUUCUUUUUUAACUUUUCUUUUUCUAAUUUUCUAUUAUUACAUUUACCUUCUUGUAGAUAUUAUGCUUUCCCACUAUUUUUAACAUUUAUAUUUCUAUCUUGCAAGUUAAAAUAUAUCUAAAUCAGUAAUUGAAUAUUUUCAAGACUAUUGUAAGCCGACUUGCUGUUUAAUUUUUUUUUUUUUUUAACAAUAAAAUGACUGCUCUGAACCAAUAUAUGAACCAAUAUAUUUCAGUAUUUAGAAUUUUCACAAUAUACAAUAAACUAUAAACUCACACAAAGAGAAAGUUACAUACAGGAGAACAAACAUAACCACAGAACACAUGUAUAGAAACACUCAAGUACAGAAACACUUGCAUAGUUAUAUACAGGGCCGGACUGGCCCACCGGGAUACCGGGAAAUUUCCCGGUGGGCCGCGGCACCUGGGGCUGGGCUGACAGCCCUAAUCAUUGCUCAGGCUCCUCAGGCCAGGUGGCCGACACAGCUCACAUCAUAAAAAAAAAGGAAAUGUGGCGGGGGCGGAGUUACCGUGAGGCAGAGGCGGGGCUUAGCAUGUGACGGGCGGAGCUUACUGUGCGGCGGGGGCCUGGCUAACUGCAGCAUGGGAAGCAGGAAGGAGUCCCUGCUUCCCCAACAACCAGCCUCCAGGAGCUCCAAGCAGGAGGUAAGAAGGAGGUCAGUGUGUCUGUGUGUGACUGCCUGUGUGUGUGUGAUUGUGUGUGUGUGUGUGUGUGUGUGGACUGUCUGUGUGUGUGACUGUCUGUGUGUGUGUGUGUGUCUGUCUGUGUGUGACUGUCUGUGUGUGUGUGACUGUCUGCCUGUGUGACCUGUCUGUGUGUGUGUGUGGGACUAUCUGUGUGGUGUGUGCCUGUGUGUGACUGUCUCUGUGUGUGACUGUGUGUGACUGGUGUGUCUGUGUGGGCUGUCUGUGUGUGUGGGCUGUGUGUGUGUGUUGUGUUGGCUGUCUGUGGGCUGUGUGUGUGUGUGUGUGGGCUGUGUGGUGGUUUGACUGUCUGCCUGUGGGCUGUGUGUGUGUGGCUGUCUGCCUGUGUGUGUGGCUGUCUGCCUGUGUGUGUGUGACUGUCUGCCUGUGUGUGUGUGGCUGUCUGCCUGUCUGUGUGUGUGGAUGUUUGCCUCGGUGUCAGUGACUGUCUGACUCUGUGUGUGUGUGCGCACCUGCUAGUGAGGGAGCCUCUGUGUGUGUGUGCGUGCCUGCUAGUGAGUUUGUGUGUGUGUGUGUGCCUGCUAGUGAGUGAGCUUGUAUGUGUGUCAGUGAGCUUGUCUGUAGGGAUCAUAUGUGUGUGUGUGUGUUAGUGAGCUUGUCUGUAAGGAGCAUGGGUGUGUCGGAGCCUGUCUGUGGUCUGCAUUUGUGUACAGUGAACUUGUCUGUAGUAAGCAUGAGUGUGAUUGUGAGCUUGUCUGUAGUGACCAUAUGUGUGUCAGUGAGCUUGUCUGUAGUGAGCAUGUGUGUGUCAGUGAGCUUGUCUGUAGUGAAUCUGUGUUAGUGAGCUCUUCUGUAGGGAGCAUGUGUGUGUCAGUGGGCUUGUCUGUAGGGAGAGUGUGUGCGCAUCAGUGAGCUUGUCUGUAGUGAGCGUGUGUGUGUGACAGUGAGCUUGUCUGUAGUAAGCUUGUGUGUGUAUCAGAGUUUGUCUGUACUAAAUUUGUGUGUGUGCCAGUAACCUUGUCUGUGUGUGUCAUUGAGAUUGUCUGUCAAUGAGCCUAUUUGUGUGCAUCAGUAAGAUUGUCUGUGUCUGUGUGUUAGUAUGCUUUACUGUAUAAUUUAAUUACCCUAAAAGAACUAAUAUUUUGAAGAAGAAGAAGAAAUGUAUCAAUAAUAUAUAUAUAUAUAUAUAUAUAUAUAUAUAUAUAUAUACUGUUGCAUCACCAGGGCUCCAGUAUCCAGGCAAACUUAACUUUUAUUGAAAUAUUUAAGAGAAGAUCAAUGUUUCAGUAGUUCUUGUGGACUUUCGUCAUGAUCCUGAUGCAAGUCCACAACAGGGACUGAAACGUUGAUCUUCUCUUAAAUAUUUAAAUAAAAGUUACAUUUUAAGGAAAUCCGAGAGUGCAGCCAACUAUUUCAAUUGCCUAUAUAUAUAACACCCUACAUAGCACAAUGACUUAUGGGGCUGGCAUAAAUUUUUUUCCAGGGCUGCUUCGUAUCCCCAGUCCGGCCCUGGUUAUAUAUACACAAUGAUUACAAAUACACAAUUAUACAUGCACAAAAUCAUGUAUAAAUAUGCACAAUAUUGUGCACUAAUAUAUGCUUACUCAUAAACAUAUGGAGACAUACUUAAUAUCAUACACAAUGUUCAAUACUUCCACUUGGCUAGGGAAUAUUCAGCCAGGUUAAUAGAAAAUCAACCGAGUUAAGUAUAACAUUGACCCUCCAGGUUAGGACUGACAAGUAACCUCCAGGUUAGGCCUGUCUAUUAGACUAGAAUUAGAAUUUGUGCGCCCUGGUAUAAAUAUAUACUCACUCUCACAGACGUGCAGAUGUAGGCACAGAAAUAUAUUAUUAUAUGGAUACUGCAAACUGCCAAAGAUGAAAGCUUAGAGGUUAUAGCUCCAACAGCUAAUCACAAAAUCCCCUUAAGUCUAAAUCCAUAUUACUCCACUGUAAUACCUGAUCAUUUUCAUGGGGUACAUGAUGUAUCUCGUGUCAUUGCUGUACCAUGUGUUAAAAUUAUAGCACAAAACCAGACAAAAAGUAAUGCGCACUAUCCCAAAUACCUACAUACAUUUAAAUAACAGGUGUUUGUUUUUUUGUUGUUUUUUUUACCAAUGGCCAAUAAAGUGUAAGCUCACCUGCCCCAUCAUGGCAAUUCUUACACUAACAAUAGAUAAAAAAGGUUAAAAAUGAAUAAAAAAUGCUCCAAUCACCUUGUGUGGGUCACCCAAACCACACAGAAUUCAAUACUUAAAAGUGAAUAAACAAAUGGGCGAGAGCACACAAAAACGUAUGAAAUGUCACAAACAUGCAAGUUACCAUAAAACAGGAUAAAACCUGACCUGGGGGGCAGCCGCCGACUCGCAGCCACAGGUUUAAAUUGACAGACACACCAACACACACUCUGAAUGAUAGACAUACACUGACUGAUUUGAAUCACACUCACUGACAGAAACAAACUCACUAAGAGACACAUACUCUCAAUGACAGACACACAAUCUCACUAAUUUGAAAACACACUUACUGACAGACCCACACACUGACAAACAGACUCACUGACUGACACUGCACACUUUCAAUGACAGACACACAGUCUCAUUGAUUUGACAUAAACUCACUGACCAACACACUCACUAAUAGACACACUGAAUGACAGACACACACACACACACUGACAGCCCCACUCACUGACAGUAACACACACACUCUCAAUGACAGAUACAACAUUUCACUGAUUUGAAACACACUCACUGACAAAUACAUACACACACUCACUGACAGACACACACUCUAACUGAUUUGAAAAACAUGCACUGUCAGACACACUCACUGGCAGACACUGACAGACACAUGCACACAUACACUGACAGACACACUCACUGACAGGCACACUAACACACUGACAUACACAAACAGUGACAGGCACACUCACACAUUUACACAGUUUUGCAUACCUACUCACAAAUUAAUUCCAUUUCUUGUGGUUCUAUUUUUUUUGGCCCAUCCGGUCUCCCUACCUUUAGGAGAUCUGGUGUGGGUCCUCUCCCUAGGGUCCAGUGGGGAUCCAACAAUCUUCCAGUUCCUCUGCUCUCUCACAUGCUAUUUAGUGAUGCUGGGGCCAGAGUGAUGUCAUGUUUCGGCUGCCAGCAACAUCCAAAGAGGGUGUGCAAGGGAGCAGUGGGGAACUGGAAGUACAUCAUUAGAGCUCCCUCAUAACUGCUGCCGUAUGCCUUCUCUCUCUCUCCCCAUUUCCGACAUAUUUUAGCACGGUAGACACCUGCUGUUCAGGUAAGCAGGUGCCUACUCUACCUUAGUUAAUAAGUGCCUGCUUUGGGGGUGGGGGGGCUAAUGUAGUCAGUCUCCACCUCCUGGGCCUCAUGCGACACCUCAUUGGCCGCUCUGCAUGGUACACCUUGCACCAUCUGGUGCCUGGGCCCGGUGCUCCCUGUACAACUGACCAGGAUUAUGCUUCUGACCCUCUAAACACGUAUUAAACCUUUGUAGGGUUUAAAACAUAGCCUUUUGAAUGCACCGCUGUCACAGCACAGUUGUUCAUGAUACCAGUAUUUUAAAAGUCAACAUUUCAUGAUUCAUCAAUUUCAUUUCAUGUUUCUAAAGGGAAACCUUUAAUUCUACCAACAUUAUUUUAACAUAAUCUCAUAAAAAGUAGAAUGAAUGUGGGUUGCAUCACCCUAAAGAAGAGAGGUGCAGACAAUGUUCUAUACUGCAGGGGCCAAUAUGAAUAUAAGACAUCUUUAAAAAUGAAAAUGGCCUGCAGGUAAGGUAGCAAGUUCAUACAUUAAAUUGUACACAUAUUUCCCAUGACUUUAAAUAAAGUAUGUGGCAGCAAUAUAACUAUCGCUCAAUAGAAUUAACACUGCUAUUCAAUAAUUUAAUUGUAGACAUUCACCUUUUUACUUAAACCCAGUGCCUCAUCCAUCAGGAUUACUAUUUAAUGAAAGCCUUCACACAAUUUCAUUUCAUACUCACUAUUCAACUAUUUUGCAAUAGCUUUAACAUCACCUCAUGUUCUUCACAUACGAGGCACAAGAUAAAGAAAAGGUAAUAUUAAAUUGUACAUGGAGUACUUGUGAUUCUAUGCAGUUAUAAGAUGGAUUUCCUUUAGAAUUUGAAAUAGCUUAAGAAACAAUUUUUUACCACCACCCAAACUGGCUGUACCUAUAGUCUCCUUAAUCCCUAUAAUCACUUGCUUCUGAUAUCCCUUGAAAUUAGAUCUUUUUUUCUGUUAAAAAUGUUAACAUGAGAAAACAUAUGCAAUGUUAUUCCCUUACUCCCUCCCUCCUGCUUCACUAUCACCUCAUCACCUUAUUUAAAAAAAUAUUUCCACCCUCCUUCUUCCUAUGGGCAUGCACUCUGAGCUGGCUAAAUGGCCCAAUCUCAAGGAGGCACGGAGAGCCAUUUUGGGACCUGGAUUUCAGGUAAGUUUUAACUUUAUUUAAUACUUACCUUUAAGCUAACGGGGGGACCUAUAAUUUAAUGCCCAAUAGGGCAUUAUACAUUGAAUAGACAGACAUUUUAAAAAGGGUUGGCAUAACCCUUUAAAGUAAGAGAAAUUUGAUAGAACAGGUUUUUAGAAAUUGCUCCUUUUAUCAAACCUACAUCAGAAAUAAAUUAAAAACCUGGGAGAAAUCACAGAAAAAUUCACUGCAAACUGAAGAAUGUCCAUAAUGUAAAAUGUUUAUUACAGAAAAACCUCACUGUAGUUGGAUUGCCGAGGAAAAAAAUAAAAAUCUAAAUAUUUAAUAUUUUUAGAUAACAUUAGGAGAGAACAGGCUAGUUUUGUCUUGGGGGUCCGACAAUAAACAAAUAGUCGAAUAUGAGCCCAAACCAGCACAUAGUCCUUCUCCUUUUCUUAACUUUUAUACUAAUAAGAACUAAGAUACAAUAUUAAUUAAAAAAAAAAUACAGUUACAUAAUAUAUUUAAAUAUUGUGCACUGAGGGAAAAGUCCGUAAUCUUCACUGUAGCCUGGAGAUCAACUGCACUUCUAACCCAUUAUGGAUGAUUGGAGUCAGAUGCUUAGCACCAUGAAAGUUCAUCUCUAAAUUCUUUAUCUAGGUUUGUUUUUAAUGUUGCAGUUGUGGUUGAAUAUCAUUUUUAUAUCCCCUCCUAUAAUGCAUUUUGUUCUUUCAUUUUUAGAAUCCUUUCAGUACUGUGAAAGAAAAUCAGAUAUGGCCGCACUCAAUCUUACAACAGCUUCCAAAGAAUUAAUUACUGUUCAGCCGACUACUAUAAUUAUACCAUGGUUACACGAUGGCACUGGUGCAGCAUGUUUUAUCAUUUCUGUAGUGGGCUUCUUCGGGCUUAUUAUGUUCUUUCUCCUGAUCAUCAACCUAUGCAAUGACGAAGACACGAAUAUAGAAUCUAAAGAGAGCCAUCCAAAAAAAGAAGACUCCUCUAAAUUAUCUCCAAAAACGGUGCCUUGUUACAAGAAUACUGCAGCAUUCAUAGAAACCAAUAGGUCAAGAAAAGGCAGCGAAAAUCACAAGAAUACAGAACAGAGACAGAACAAAACUGCAACCACUACAAGCAAUCAAAAUGUUACAGUAGUCGUGUCAACAAUAUCUUAAUUGCUGUGCAUUUUUAAGAAGAGGACGCAUGAACGUAAAAUUACAUUUUUUUUAUUCCAGACUACUCAAGAAUUUCGUUCAGGGGUUGUCUUAAAAGAACAAUUUUAGGACAGAGUUCAGAGUUCUCUUUUUAAUAGAGCCAUGGACAGCGCAGAGAGACAUUCUACUGUGUUCAUG